AUGGCGAAUGACUGGCGUGGAAGAGCAAAGCACAUCGACAGUGGACGCAGAAGCGGCAGCAGCAUCAGCACAAAAUGGAGAACCGAUAGAAGAACCAACAAACAGGAAUGGAAUGAACCAGAAGAUGUUGAAACGAAUGGAAACAUCAAUCUUGGCGCGUUUGCAGCUGGCGUUUGUGUGGCGUGGUCAUCAUCAGCUUUACCGUUAUUGAUAUCUGAACCAUUUGAGCCACCGUCGCCAACCCGGGAUAUAAUUGCCAUAGAGAACACGACACCAACCUUACUUCGACCUCCACAUACCAAACUUUCGCUCACUCCAUCAGAAGCAUCUUGGGUUGCAUCUUUACUGUGUCUUGGAGCACUAUGGGGCGCAGGGCCGGCUGGACUCAUCUCAGAGUACUUCGGAAGAAAGAAGACCCUGCUUUACUUGGCUCUCCCACUAGUGGUAUCCUGGAUACUCGUCGCUUCAAGUCCAAAUGUGUACGGUCUGUACGUUGGGCGCUUUGUGGGUGGAAUGGCGUUGGGUGCCUUUAGUGUUGGUAUACCACCGUACGUUGAAGAUAUAGCUGAGAAGCACAUACUGCCAACACUUGCCAACUUCUACCAUGUGCACUUCAGCUGCGGUGUCCUGUUUGGAUAUAUUAUUGGUUUGGUUGAGAACACCUCAUGGUUGACAGUACUCUGCGCUAGCGUACCAACUGCUUUCUUCGUUGCCUUCAUCUUCCUCCCUGAAUCACCAGCCUAUCUGAUGUCACAAGGGAAAUUCCACGAAGCAAAGGCAGCUUUACGCUACUUCAGAGGCAUUGACAACGAUAUUGACUCAGAAAUGAAAGCUUUGAAAGAACGCCUUAGAAACUCUGCCAAGAUCAAAGUCACUUUUAAAGAACUCUUUGGAACCAGGUCCACAGUCAAAGCUCUUGUUGUCUCUUUCUUACUUAUGGUCUUUCAACAGAUGAGUGGCAUAUACCCUGUCCUUUUCUACGCUAAGAAUAUAUUUGAAACAUUCGCUAUAUCUCUCAAUCCUCCAAGUGCUGCUAUCAUUUUGGGUUUCUGUUUCGUUUCUUCUACGUACUUUUCCACUAUGCUUCUAAAAGGAGUCAGAAGGAGAGUACUUUUGAUGAUUUCUUUCGCAGCUAUGGCUGUAAAUUUAGCUGGUCUGGGUAUCUAUUACCAUUUGAAGGCAUCGAACUUCUCUCCAAGUAGCACAUGGGUUCCACUGUUCACUCUAUGUCUUUUCGUAAGUUUCUAUGCAUCUGGUGUCGGGCCUAUCCCAUGGUUGAUGCUUAGGGAAAUUUUCCCACCUCACAUGACACGAAGAGCAACAGCUUUGACGGCUGGAUUCCAUUGGUUCUUGGCGUUCUGUGUCACGAAAUUUUACCAGAAUUUGGUAGACAUGGUGAAACAUGGAUGGACUUUAUGGGCUUUUUGUAUAGUUUGUAUUGUGGGGAUUGCGUUUGUCUUCUUUUUUGUGCCGGAGACAAAAGGCAGGACGCUAGAAGAGAUACAGAAUGAGUUUGAAGGGAUUCAUAAAAAGAGAAAGCACAGACACGUGAUAGAAGUAGAGAGCGUAUCAGAAGCUUAGAUCAAGACUGUUAGGAUUUGGAUAUUUUACUAGAUUGUUCAAAUCCAUAGAUUUAUUUAUAAGUUCAGUUGCUCAAUUUUUUAUAAUGAUUGUCCAAUGUAAAUUAGAUUUUUAUUCUAAUAAAUUAUAUGUUAUAAUUAGACAGACAAACGUUAUAAACUAAAGAGAGAAUGUAAAUUAUUUUUUAUACCUGUGGGCUAUUCAGGUCGUUUAGUGUUCAUUAAAAUAAUUAGCUUUAGUGUACAUGUAUUUAUUUUUAUUGUAAUAAACGUAACUUUAUGUCAACUACACGUUCUUUAUUACAA